GACAAUUAAUAGGCCGCCUUUCUUUAAGUUAUUGAUUUCUAUCCGUGAAGUGAAGAGUGCGUGAUGUCAGGGCCCCAGUGUUACAGCAGCAGAGGGCGCAAUUGAAUCAUUUAAGUGCAGAAAUAGUCUAAAAUAUUUGUCUUCGCGGGAUUCACAUGCAGUUUUAUUUCUAAUUGCCCAUUAAGUUCAGAGAAAACAUCAUCUAGAUCAUAGGGUGAUACAAACAUUGCAAGUAUCUAAAAUUCCGAUAUAUUCAGUUUCAUUUUAAUUUUUUCUUUUAUUGGAUUAUUCACUUUGGACAUUCUCAGAUGCCUAUGAUGAUGAUAAUGUGAAGUUAUAUCUCUGGAAACAAAUAACUAAACAUGAAUUAAUACCUCAACCAGAAAAUAAUUACCAUCUAAAGGACAGUACAAGAUAUCAAAACCUGGAUGAUUCAAGAAGAGAAACAGACAAUUCAGAAGUCAAUAAUCACAAUUGAAAUCAAUCAUAUGUUCGAAUUUGCAAAUCUAUAGUGAAAUAAUUUCACUAUGUUGAUCCAAUUAAUUAUGAGGUCAAUAGUGUAUUACGUAUACAGUUAUAUUUAAUGGAGAUAUGGGUUUUUUUGCUACGUCAAUUUGGUGCAAGAAAUAAACGUUUUCUCUUCGUUUUCUAUAUUGGAAUUAUUUGACACUUUGCCUGAUAUGGUGGUAGUCACAGGGAACGAAAUUGAUAGUUUCGCAAUUCUGCCCAGCUAUGUCCAAAUAUUCAGCUUUUGUUAGUGACAAUCCUGUUUUAUUUUCUUCGCACACAGAGACAAUUAUCCUCUUCAUUUUCAGCAGGUCCAAAUUAACUUUCAUAACUCUCUCCCUCCCUGCAAGGAAUGGGUCACUGGGCAAAUUAAUUUAUAAUUGUGUAAUACAGAUUUAAUCGCAUUGAUUCAUUGUAUUACUGAGUGAUCAAGAAUGUGUCGUCGGUGAUAUGAUUGUAUUUUUAAUAUAAGCAGGACGUUUUCCCUCUAUGGUCGAAGAACAGGCUACAAAUUAAAAGAGGGGAAGUCAAAGGUAAAAAUAUUAAACAUAUUAAUAAUUCGCUUAAAGUGAUUCGCGGAUAAGUGAGUAAUAGUUUUUCGUAAUAAGUAUAUUUUGGAUUAAGUAAAUAAUUAUCAAAAAAGAGUAAUCAGUUCAAGAAAAUAGAGGAGAAUUUUAUAAAACAGUGAAAUAAACAAUAGACAUGCUCAAUAUUGAUUGAAUUAAUCGCCUUUUAAAUUUUCUGCAGCCAGCUGGCACUCAAUAAGCGAGUUGUUCUUUUACUACGGCGACACCGCCCUCUGUUCCUGGAUCUUUACAAAGAAAAUAGUGCGCCUUUAACAUUUCAGUGCGGGCUGAGGAAUCCCUCUACUCCCAGCCUGAAUGGAGAGAGGUGCCUGUGGAAGUUGCUGUGUGUAUGGGAGGGGGGAGGGGAGGGGAGGAGUCGGCAUUUGUUACAGGUUGUGAAAUACAUCCAUGUUGCGGACAAAAUUGUUACGAUAUCUUUUUGGCGCCAAAAGUAGGUGAUGGCAUGGGGGGAUGGGGGCGGUAAGGGGGCGGGACUGUUUCAAGGCAUUAAACGGAGUUACACGCAGUCUAGGUUAAAGCACUUUAGUGUAGCAGGGCAGGGAAUGAGUGAGAGUGGGGAAGAGCGAAAACAUAGCCGAGUGCAGUGAAGAGAAAGCCUCCGGCUCUUACGCAGCCUGUCAGCGUGUAUUGUCUCAUAGACAGUAUUAACAACCAAGCUGCUUGUGGGAGUCUUAGACCCGGGAAAGAAAGUAGAGAACAGCCGGGCAGAGAAAAGCUGGAACAACUCCGCUUACUCGUGGAAUUUAUUACAUUACUCUGGAGUUUGUGUGGGGCUCCGCUAUUAUUCCAGGAGCCCCUUUAUACAGCCGCUGCUAAUUUCUUCGAACAAAAUGCCUUUGACUGUAUCUCCUUUCCUGGGGAAAAGCUACAACUAUGACUACGACUACGACUCCUUCCAGCCGGUGUUCUAUGACGAGGAGGAGAAUUUUUAUCACCAGCAGUUGCCGGCUCCGAGCGAGGAUAUCUGGAAGAAGUUUGAGCUGCUGCCCACCCCUCCCCUGUCUCCCAGCCGGCGACCCAGCUUCAGCUUGUACCCUUCUAACGCCGACCAGCUGGAAAUGGUCACGGAGUUCCUGGGCGAUGACUUGGUAAACCAGAGCUUCAUCUGCGACUCGGAAUCCAUUAUCAUUCAGGACUGUAUGUGGAGUGGCUUCUCGGCCGCAGCCAAGCUGGAGAAGGUGGUGAGCGAGAGGCUGGCGUCUCUGCAGGCUUCGAGGAAGGAGACGGGAACAUGUGCCGAUGCUCUCUCCUCGUCUCCGUGCAAUCACUCGUCGCCGACACCAUCGCUGCGGUCGCCGCCGUCUGUAGCUCCAGCCGAUGCCGGUACUGCGCCCCGCCGCUUGGGCUCGCUGGGGUUGGGCGCCGCCUCCGCGUAUCUGCAGGACCUGAGCGCCGCCGUGGCCGAGUGCAUCGACCCUUCCGUCGUCUUCCCUUACCCCUUCGCCGAGCACAAAAGUGGCUUGCACCUACCGCCUGGAGACGCAACUCCUCCCGCCACGGAUACGCCGAGUGACUCCGAAGAAGAACAAGAUGACGAGGAAGAGGAUGACGAAGAUGAGGAGGAGGAUGAGGAGGAGAUUGACGUGGUUACAGUUGAGAAGAGACACUCCUCAGCCAGGAGGGCAGAGCUGAACACCAAUACAGCUGGUUUGGUCAGGCCCCAUCACAGCCCCCUGGUCCUGAAGCGCUGUCACGUCCCCAUCCACCAGCACAACUACGCUGCCCCCUCCCCACAGCCCCCGGCGAAGCGGCUGAGGAUGGAGAGCAGCCGUAUCCUCAAGCAAAUCAGCACCAACAGUAAAAGCAAGUGCCCAAGUCCCAGGAUGUCGGACUCAGAGGAGAUCGACAAGCGGAGGACGCACAAUGUGUUGGAGCGCCAGCGCAGGAACGAGCUAAAGCGGAGUUUCUUCGCCCUGAGGGACCAGAUUCCAGAGGUGGCCAAGAACGACAGGGCGGCCAAGGUGGUCAUACUCAAAAAGGCGACUGAGCACAUAAUGUCCAUCCAGUCGGAUGAGCAGAGACUGAUGUCGGAGAAGGAGCAGCUGAGGAGGAAACGGGAGCAAUUGAAGCACAGGCUUGAGCUGCUGAGGAACUCUAGCAAACAGAGGUAUUAGGGAUCAUUUUUCAUGGACUGCCAACAGACUUCUGAUGAUCUCUGCUAGACUGUACUCUGCAUGCUUAUUGCAUAGUAGACUGAAACUACACAACCAUGGCCGAGCUGUGUUAGAAACACUGAAUAUGUUUUGGUCAGGAGAUGUAAUACUGCCUCAAUGUAACAAAGAAUGGGAAGUCUUACUUUUUGUGGGGGAGGGGAGAAUUUACUAUCAGUUUUGCUGUUUUACUUUAAUUUACAGAUAUUUGUAUUUAAUGCAUUUAUUUUUCUUAAAAAAACUACAAAAUCAACUCACAGGUCCAAAUAGCUUUAAAAGUAAAGACUUCUGUUUUAUUACUAUUGCAAUUUUGUAAAGAAAAAAUUUGUACAGUUGCUAAAUUUGUGUAUAAAAUGUAUUUACCGUUACUGUGUGUUAUCACAGCUAACCCAUUGCAUCAAACUGUGAUGUGGUUUGCUUGUAUGGAAUCUCAAUAUGUGAUUUGUGCCAUAA